AUGGCCAAGCACUCCUCCAUCUACCCAUCAUCGUCUGAGCUGGAGUCAGUCCAGACCCUGGUGUCCACCGUGGAGGGUGCCCUCAAACACGUCUCUGAUUGGAUAGACCAGAGCAACGUCCAAUCAGUGCAGAGCAGCAGCCAGACAGACGCAGCAACCGGCCAGACAGACGGCCAGACAGAAGCAGGAGUCAGCCUGACAGACGGCCAGCCCAACCCCACAGAUAGCCCAGUGACAGAGGAUGGUAGCGGUGACCAUGAUGGUGACCUUAACCCUAACGACGACCCCAGUGUUAGUCCCAGAGCCAGCCCAGAUGACUCCACAGACGGCAGCAGCAGGUGGGCAUCUGGUUCUAACCGAUGCAUGCUGGGAUAUAAGGGGUUGUCUUGUGGCUGAUGGUUAGACUAACAUUUUUGGUCUUCAAGUGCUGACAUAUUUUUAUGAUCUUGUUGAUUUUAUGAGAUUUUUGGGAUAACCUGGGUUUAAAUAAUUGCAAACCCAAAAUGGGACCUAGGUCUGAUAGUUUGUUUAAAUAUGUUGAGUGUAACCCUGCUAUCUGUCUGUUAUCCUCAGCGAGCCCAGUGGAGGUGUUCUGUGUGGGGUGAUGAGGAUCGGCCUGGUGGCUAAAGGUCUGCUCAUCAAACAGGACAUGGACCUGGAGCUGGUGCUGAUGUGUAGAGAGAAACCUACAGAGACACUGCUGUGUACUGUCUGUGAUAACCUGCCCCUGCAGAUACAUGUAAGAGAGAGCGAGACGCACACACGCACGCACACACGCACACAUGGAACCAGUUCAUCCAGCAGUCUGUGGCAUGUUUGGCUCAUCUAUUCUCCUUCUGUUGGCAAGAAACACUCAGCACCUGUGUGCAAAAGGUAGAUGGACUUUUGUAAUGUAGUAAAUACUCUGGCCCAACAUCCUGUAAGAAGUCAGUCAGUCCUCCUUACCCCACCAUCAUCCAUCUCAUAAUAGUUCUAAGUGUGCUCUGUAGGGCACUGCAGAAUCAGAAAGUAGGCUACGGGCAGAGUCAGUAAGUAGGCUACUGGAAGACGUCGUGGAGAGGGCAGCAACAGAAGCAGAGAGAGGAGAAGAAACUGUGGUAUUAAUAAGCUGCUAGCAUGUGUAAUUAAUAUAGGAGUGUCAGCCGGGAGAUUUCCUAAUUAGUCAAACACAUGCACAGCAGGAACGGAAAAACACACACACUCGCGGACGUGCACACAUGUAGUUAAGGUUAUACUUACUUAGCUACAUAGACAGGUAUACUUAUAUAAACUGUCUUAUAGGCCCUGUCUUAUAGGCCAUGUCUUAUAGGAAGUGUCUUAUAGGAAGUGUCUUAUAGGAAGUGUCUUAUAGGAAAUGUCUUAUAGGAACUGUCUUAUAGGAACUUCGCUGUAUACUUCCUAAUUCCAAUCAUACCUGCUUCUCAUGAGCACACGGCUCUACUGUAUAGUACUGUAUGCCGACAUCCGCCUACAAUCUUGUAACAUGACACAUAUGGCCUCAUAUACACAGUAUCCAGUAUAUUCUCCACACCAGAAUUAGCUUUCAGGCUCCACGUCAGAACUAGCUUUCAGCCUCCACACCAGAACUAGCUUUCAGCGUCCACACCAGAACUAGCUUUCAGCCUCCACACCAGAACUAGCUUUCAGCCUCCACGUCAGAAUUAGCUUUCAGCCUCCACGUCAGAACUAGCUUUCAGCCUCCACGUCAGAACUAGCGUUCAGCCUCCACAUCAAAACUAGCUUUCAGCCUCCACACCAGAACUAGCUUUCAGCCUCCACAUCAGAACUAGUUUUCAGCCUCCACACCAGAACUAGCGUUCAGCCUCCACACCAGAACUAGCUUUCAGCCUCCACACCAGAACUAGCUUUCAGCCUCUACUCCAGAACUUGCUUCAACUUCCACAUCAGAACUAGCUUUCAGCCUCCACACCAGAACUAGCUUUCAGCCUCCAUGCCAGAAGUAGUUUCAACUUCCACAUCAGAACUAGAUUUCAGUCUCCACACCAGAACUAGCGUUCAGCCUCCACGUCAAAACUAGCUUUCAGCCUCCACAUCAGAACUAUCUUUCAGCCUCCACAUCAGAACUAGCAUUCAGCCUCCACAUCAGAACUAGAUUUCAGUCUCCACACCAGAACUAGCUUUCAGCCUCUACAUCAGAACUAGCUUUCAGCCUCCACACCAGAACUGGCUUUCAGCCUCCACGCCAAAACUAGUUUUCAGCCUCCACACCAGAACUAGCUUUCAGCCUCCACAUCAGAACUAGUUUUCAGCCUCCACACCAGAACUAGCUUUCAGUCUCCACACCAGAACUAGCUUUCAGCCUCCACAUCAGAACUAGCUUUCAGCCUCCACAUCAGAACUACCUUUCAAUCUCCACACCAGAACUAGCUUUCAGCCUCCACGCCAGAAGUAGCUUCAACUUCCACACCAGAAUUAGCUUUCAGCCUCCACGUCAGAACUAGCUUUCAGCCUCCACACCAGAACUAGCUUUCAGCGUCCACACCAGAACUAGCUUUCAGCCUCCACACCAGAACUAGCUUUCAGCCUCCACACCAGAACUAGCUUUCAGCCUCCACACCAGAACUAGCUUUCAGCCUCCACAUCAGAACUAGCUUUCAGCCUCCACGUCAGAACUAGCUUUCAGCCUCAACGUCAGAACUAGCUUUCAGCCUCCACGAGAGAACUAGCUUUCAGCCUCCACAUCAGAACUAGCUUUCAGCCUCCACACCAGAACUAGCUUCAACUUCCACAUCAGAACUAGAUUUUAGCCUCCACACCAGAACUAGCUUUCAGGCUCCACGUCAGAACUAGCUUUCAGCCUCCACAUCAGAACUAGCUUUCAGCCUCCACACCAGAACUAGCUUUCAGCCUCCACACCAGAACUAGCUUUCAGCCUCCACGUCAGAAUUAGCUUUCAGCCUCCACGUCAGAACUAGCUUUCAGCCUCCACGUCAUAAUUAGCUUUCAGCCUCCACGUCAGAACUAGCUUUCAGCCUCCACAUCAAAACUAGCUUUCAGCCUCCACACCAGAACUAGCUUUCAGCCUCCACAUCAGAACUAGUUUUCAGCCUCCACACCAGAACUAGCUUUCAGCCUCCACACCAGAACUAGCUUUCAGCCUCUACUCCAGAACUUGCUUCAACUUCCACAUCAGAACUAGCUUUCAGCCUCCACACCAGAACUAGCUUUCAGCCUCCAUGCCAGAAGUAGCUUCAACUUCCACAUCAGAACUAGAUUUCAGUCUCCACACCAGAAUUAGCUUUCAGCCUCCACGUCAAAACUAGCUUUCAGCCUCCACACCAGAACUAGCUUUCAGCCUCCACACCAGAACUAGCGUUCAGCCUCCACGUCAAAACUAGCUUUCAGCCUCCACGACAGAACUAGCUUUCAGCCUCCACAUCAGAACUAGCAUUCAGCCUCCACAUCAGAACUAGAUUUCAGUCUCCACACCAGAACUAGCUUUCAGCCUCUACAUCAGAACUAGCUUUCAGCCUCCACACCAGAACUGGCUUUCAGCCUCCACGCCAAAACUAGUUUUCAGCCUCCACACCAGAACUAGCUUUCAGCCUCCACAUCAGAACUAGUUUUCAGCCUCCACACCAGAACUAGCCUUCAGUCUCCACACCAGAACUAGCUUUCAGCCUCCACAUCAGAACUAGCUUUCAGCCUCCACAUCAGAACUAGCUUUCAGCCUCCACACCAGAACUAGCUUUCAGCCUCUACAUCAGAACUAGCGUUCAGCCUCCACACCAGAACAAGCUUUCAGCCUCCACACCAGAACUAGAUUUCAGCCUCCACACCAGAACUACCUUUCAGCCUCCACGUCAGAACUAGCUUUCAGCCUCCACACCAGAACUAGCUUUCAGCCUCCACAUCAGAACUAGAUUUCAGCCUCCACACCAGAACUAGCUUUCAGCCUCCACGUCAGAACUAGCUUUCAUCCUCCACAUCAGAACUAGCUUUCAGCCUCCACGCUAGAACUAGCUUUCAGCCUCCACACCAGAACUAGCUUACAGGCUCCAUAUCAGAACUAGCUUUCAGCCUCCACGUCAGAACUAGCUUUCAGCCUCUAUAUCAGAAUUAGCUUUCAGCCUCCACGUCAGAACUAGCUUUCAGCCUCCACAUCAAAACUAGCUUUCAGCCUCCAUACCAGAACUAGCUUUCAGCCCUCAUCAGAAGUAGCUUUCAGCCUCCACAUCAGAACUAGCUUUCAGCCUCCACAUCAGAACUAGCUUUCAGCCUCCACAUCAGAACUACCUUUCAGCCUCCACACCAGAACUAGCUUUCAGCCUCCACGCCAGAAGUAGCUUCAACUUCCACACCAGAACUAGCGUUCAGCCUCCACACCAGAACUAGCUUUCAGCCUCUACAUCAGAACUAGGUUCAGCCUCCACACCAAACUAGCUUUCAGCCUCCACACCAGAACUAGCUUUCAGCCUCCACACAGAAAGCUUUCAUCCACACAGAACUAGCUUUCACCUCCACAUCAGAACUAGCUUUCAGCCUCCACUCAGAACUAGCUUUCAGCUCCACAUCAAACUAGCUUUCAGCCUCCACACCAGAACUAGCUUUCAGCCUCCACUCAGAACUAGCUUUCAGCCUCCACACCAGAACUAGCUUUCAGCCUCCACAUCAGAACUGUAUUUCAGCCUCCACGCCAGAACUAGCUUUCAGCCUCCACGUCAGAAGUAGCUUUCAGCCUCCACAUCAGAACUAGCUUUCAGCCUCCACGUCAGAACUAUCUUUCAGCUCCACACCAGAACUAGCUUUCAGCCUCACACAUCAAACUAGUUUCAGCCUCCACACCAGAACUAGCUUUCAGCCUCCACUCAAAUAGCUUUCAGCCUCCAGCAGACACUAGCUCAGAAACUAGCUUUUCAGCCUCCACACAGAACUAGCUUUCAGCCUCCACAUCAGAACUGUUUCAGCCUCCACACCAGAACUAGCUUUCAGCCUCCACACCAGAACUAGCUUUCAGCCUCCACAUCAGAACUAGCUUUCAGCCUCCACAUCAGAACUAGCUUUAGCCUCCACAAACAUUUCAGUCUCACACAUCUAGCUUUCAGCCUCUACAUCAGAACUAGCUUCAGCCUCCACACAGAACAGCUUUCAGCCUCCACCCAGAAUAGCUUUCAGCUCCACAUCAGAAGUAGCUUCAGCCUCCACACCAGAACUAGUUUCAGCCUCCACAUCAGAACAGCUUCAGCUCCCACCAGAACUAGGUUCACUUCCACAUCGAACAGAUCGCCUCCACACCAGACUUAGCUCAGCCUACUCGAAGUGCUUUAGCUCCGUCAGAACUAGCUUUUCGCCUCCAUGUAGAAUGCUUAGCCUCUAAUAGAAUGCUUUCAUCAUCAGAGAUAGUUCAGUCACACCGAUGUCAGUCCACAUCGAACUGCUUUCAGCCUCCACAUCAGACACUUCAGCCUCCAAACCAAACUAAGUUCACCUCCACGCCAGAAGUAGCCAACUUGCACACAGAACUAGCGUUCAGCCUCCACACCAGAAAACUAGUUUCAGCUCUACAUAGUAAUAGCCUCCAGCCAGGGUGUGGUCAUUCCGGACCACCCAUGCACAACUUAUGCGAGUGAAGGUCGUCUAGUGGAUAAAUCUGUAAUGGCAAUUAAUGACUCUGUCCUAAUAAAGCAACAGAGGAGAAGUAGAGGUGGUGCGUGCCAGAGGCGGCCAUCUUGGUGUGUAGCACGACGGAGCCCAAACUCACCCUGAAGGUCACCCUCAGCUCCCCACAGAUGAGAGAGGACAGUGACACGGAUGAACAAGGUACCACACUCACGUCUGUGUAAAACCUAGCUGCUGUUUUCGUGUUUAUGUUUGUCUUAUGCUUGUCUGUUGUCUUUUUUCCCCCUCCAACUGAGGUAGUGAAAUGGGGUUAGGGGGAUAAAGAAAGGAGUGUCUUUGCAUCGAAGAGGGAUAUAGAGGUGUGUGUGUCGAGCAGCAGCAGUAUUGUUAGCAGCGCUCCACUGGGACACAUUAAUCAAAUCAAAUCAAAUCAAAUUUUAUUGGCCACAUGCGCCGAAUACAACAGGUGCAGACAGUACAGUGAAAUGCUUACUUACAGCCCUUAACCAACAACCAAACAACCAAAAAAAGUGUUGAGAAAAAAAGAGCAGAAGUAAAAUAAAAUAACAGUAGGGAGGCUAUAUAUACAGGGGGGUACCGGUGCAGAGUCAAUGUGCGGGGGCACCGGCUAGUUGAGGUAGUUGAAGUAAUAUGUACAUGUGGGCAGAGUUAAAGUGACUAUGCAUAAAUAAUUAACAGAGUAGCAGCAGCGUAAAAGGAUGGGGUGGGGGGGCAGUGCAAAUAGUCCGGGUAGCCAUGAUUAGCUGUUCAGGAGUCUUAUGGCUUGGGGGUAGAAGCUGUUGAGAAGUCUUUUGGACCUAGACUUGGCACUCCGGUACCGCUUGCCGUGCGGUAGCAGAGAGAACAGUUUAUGACUAGGGUGGCUGGAGUCUUUGACAAUUUUGAGGGCUUUCCUCUGACACUGCCUGGUAUAGAGGUCCUGGAUGGCAGGAAGCUUGGCCCCAGUGAUGUACUGGGCCGUACGCACUACCCUCUGUAGUGCCUUGCGGUCGGAGGCCAAGCAGUUGCCAUACCAGGCGGUGAUGCAACCAGUCAGGAUGCUCUCGAUGGUGCAGCUGUAUACUUUUUUUAGGAUCUGAGGACCCAUGCCAAAUCUUUUCAGUCUCCUGAGGGGGAAUAGGCUUUGCCGUGCCCUCUUCACGACUGUCUUGGUGUGUUUGGACCAUGAUAGUUCGUUGGUGAUGUGGACACCAAGGAACUUGAAGCUCUCAACCUGUUCCACUACAGCCCCGUCAAUGAGAAUGGGGGCGUGCUCAGUCCUCUUUUUUUCCUGUAGUCCACAAUCAUCUCCUUUGUCUUGGUCACGUUGAGGGAGAGGUUGUUGUCCUGGCACCACACGGCCAGGUCUCUGACCUCCUCCCUAUAGGCUGUCUCAUCGUUGUCGGUGAUCAGGCCUACCACUGUUGUGUCGUCGGCAAACUUAAUGAUGGUGUUGGAGUCAUGCCUGGCCAUGCAGUCAUGGGUGAACAGGGAGUACAGGAGGGGACUGAGCACGCACCCCUGAGGGGCCCCCGUGUUGAGGAUCAGUGUGGCAGAUGUGUUGUUACCUACCCUUACCACUUGGGGGUGGCCCGUCAGGAAGUCCAGGAUCCAGUUGCAGAGGGAGGUGUUUAGUCCCAGGAUCCUUAGCUUAGUGAUGAGCUUUGAGGGCACUAUGGUGUUGAAUGCUGAGCUGUAGUCAAUGAAUAGCAUUCUCACGUAGGUGUUCCUUUUGUCCAGGUGGGAAAGGGCAGUGUGGAGUGCAAUAGAGAUUGCAUCAUCUGUGGAUCUGUUGGGGCGGUAUGCAAAUUGUAGUGGGUCUAGGGUUUCUGGGAUAAUGCUGUUGAUGUGAGCCAUGACCAGGAUUUCAAAGCACUUCAUGGCUACAGACGUCAGUGCUACGGGUCGGUAGUCAUUUAGGCAGGUUAUCUUAGAGUCCUUGGGCACGGGGACUAUGGUGGUCUGCUUGAAACAUGUUGGUAUUACAGACUCAGUCAGGGACAUGUUGAAAAUGUCAGUGAAGACACUUGCCAGUUGGUCAGCACAUGCUCGGAGUACACGUCCUGGUAAUCCGUCUGGCCCUGCGGCCUUGUGAAUGUUGACCUGCUUAAAAGUCUUACUCACAUCGGCUACGGAGAGCGUGAUCACAUAGUCAUCCGGAACAGCUGGUGCUCUCAUGCAUGCUUCAGUGUUGCUUGCCUCGAAGCGAGCAUAGAAGUGGUUUAGCUCGUCUGGAAGUCUUGUGUCACUGGGCAGCUCGCGGCUGUGCUUCCCUCUGUAGUCUGUAAUAGUUUUCAAGCCCUGCCACAUCCGACGAGCGUCAGAGCCAGUGUAGUACGAUUCAAUCUUAGUCCUGUAUUGACUCUUUGCCUGUUUGAUCGUUCGUCGGAGGGCAGUAAGCUUGAUCAGUGAAUAUAUCCAUGUUCCAUGCUUAUCCCCUAAUCCUAGCCUGUAUUCCUCCACCUUGGGGAGACAAUGCAUGCAUAAGACACUACCUCUUGUUCAAACCAAAUAGACACACAAACAGUCUGGGCCAUAUAAGGCUCAAGGCUCAUGUAGUCUCAAAUCGGUAUUGACGUGUCUUCCUGGAAGCCAAAUAGAAAAGUGGUAGAUGUUUAGUGGCGGCCAUAGUGAUUCUUCACCCUACUAUGCUGCCUCAGCAGCCCUGUAGCAUGUAAUGUUGUCAACAGCAUGGCUACACUGGCCUGUAAACAUCUUUGACCCUUGGGCCUCUAUGUCAGGGCUAACUAAACACAGCUACAGGGCUAACUAAACACAGCUACAGGGCUAACUAAAAAAAGCUGCAGGGCUACUAAACACAGCUUAGGGCUAACUAAACAGCUUAGGGCUAACUAAACAGCUUAGGGCUAACUAAACAGCUACAGGGCUAACUAAACAGCUUAGGGCUAACUAAACAGCUACAGGGCUAACUAAACAGCUGCAGGGCUAACUAAACAGCUUAGGGCUAACUAAACAGCUACAGGGCUAACUAAACAGCUUAGGGCUAACUAAACAGCUACAGGGCUAACUAAACAGCUUAGGGCUAACUAAACAGCUACAGGGCUAACUAAACAGCUUAGGGCUAACUAAACAGCUACAGGGCUAACUAACAGCUUAGGGCUAACUAAACAGCUACAGGGCUAACUAAACAGCUUAGGGCUAACUAAACAGCUACAGGGCUAACUAAACAGCUACAGGGCUAACUAAACAGCUACAGGGCUAACUAAACAGCUACAGGGCUAACUAAACAGCUACAGGGCUAACUAAACAGCUACAGGGCUAACUAAACAGCUACAGGGCUAACUAAACAGCUACAGGGCUAACUAAACAGCUACAGGGCUAACUAAAACAGCUACAGGGCUAACUAAAACAGCUACGGGCUAACUAAAACAGCUACAGGGCUAACUAAACAGCUACAGGGCUAACUAAACAGCUACAGGGCUAACUAAACAGCUACAGGGCUAACUAAACAGCUACAGGGCUAACUAAACAGCUACAGGGCUAACUAAACAGCUUAAGGCUAACUAAACAGCUUAGGGCUAACUAAACAGCUACAGGGCUAACUAAACAGCUUAGGGCUAACUAAACAGCUACAGGGCUAACUAAACAGCUACAAAGUUAACUGAACAGGCCCUCACUAACCCUGACUAAGCAAGAUGAGAUUGCAUGAGAGACAGGGUUCAAUUCCAGUCAAUUCCGAAAGUAAACAAAAUUCCAAUUCCAAAUUUUUGCCAGGGAGGGGGGGGGGGAGAAAUCUAGACCCGACAAAUCAAUACCGUUGCCAGGAACACACCCAUCCAUCGUUUUGCCGCUCCAUCCUGCUAGACAGGUCUGAAUAAGACUUGAUACGGGGGCGGCUGUAGAUCACAGUGAACGACAAGUCCCUCCCUCGUACCCGUCGUAUUUCCCGUGAGUGACAGACGGGCCAAGGGCCCUGUCCCAGUGAGGAACGGCUCAAUAUUACACAGCAACUCAUUGGCAACGGGAACUCAUAACAGCAAUUGGUCUGAACCCAGGCUGCAUUUGUCUGGGUGGCUGUCUGUACACAGUGUGUCUGUAGUGUACACAGCCUGUACACAGCUGAAAGAACACAGCCAUUUCCAGGGUCGAAUAGAUUAGAAAGUGAGGCACGAUUGAUAUGAAGAUAGAAACAGUGUGAUUGAUUUGGUGUCAACAGACCUUUAGCUCUAAAGGUGUAAUAUCGCCUGCCGUGCCUUGCCACUUUGGAUGGUAAUGUCUAUGAACCCACCAUCAGUCCUAGUGCUGUCUGUACUCAGCUGAAAGAACCAUUUCAAGGGUCUAAUACUGCCCACUCUGGAUGGCACGCUGCAUUGAGAGCCACUCCAUUUAAGGAGAUGGAUAGAUAUAUUCUAUUAAGAUAGAUAGGCAAUGCUUUAUGUACCUUAUUAGGCAAUGCUUUAUGUACCUUAUUAGGCAAUGCUUUAUGUACCUUAUUAGGCAAUGCUUUAUGUACCUUAUUAGGCAAUGCUUUAUGUACCUUAUUAGGCAAUGCUUUAUGUACCUUAUUAGGCGAUGCUUUAUGUACCUUAUUAGGCAAUGCUUUAUGUACCUUAUUAGGCAAUGCUUUAUGUACCUUAUUAGGCAAUGCUUUAUGUACCUUAUUAGGCAAUGCUUUAUGUACCUUAUUAGGCAAUGCUUUAUCGAACCUAUUAUGGUGCAGAAUGUAUCAAUUUCCAGUUUCAAGAAGUGCCCUUUCUGACAGCUGUCUUAUUGGAUGUGUUCAGAUCAAUUUAUAGAUUUCAUAAUUGUGCCUGUCAUGUAAUUUAUACUGAACAAAAAUAUAAAAGCAACAUGCAACAAUUUCAAAGACCAACACUUUACAUGUCGCGUUUAUAUUUUUCUUCAGUCAAUCAAUCAAUCAUUCAUGUGAAAGAGGAUAGUGAUUAAUUUUCUACCAGAUUAGAUAAAAGCAAAACGAACUAUUGAAUUUGUUUGAAGUUAAUGUAACAUUCUGUUGGAUAAACCUGUAUUUGUAAGUGUCGGGUGGACGGUGGAAUGUGGAAUGUGGAUGCUCUUCAGAGAGAUUUUAGAAGGAAGGAAUGGGAGCUUCUACCACUAUCUGAACAGCUUCUCGUACUCAACUAUAAUACCCACAAUCCCACUUAUCUCUGUUAAUCUGACACAGCCAAUCAGAUCAUCAGGAUGCUCAUCCUCAGCCAAUCAUUCACUCUGCUCUGACAGAACCUUGCCUCGGUCAACGUGUGUGUGUCCCUCUGUCGUAUGUGUGUUGCCUAAUCCCAAAUGGACCCCUAGCCCCUACACUCUAGUUACUUCAGUUGAUCUGAGGAGACGGGAGAGAUGUAAGCAAUAUGCUGAAAACCUACACCUUACCAAUCCUCUUAGAACCAAUGUCUUAGAGGUAUGGUUUGAUUUGGGAUUAGGAAUGUAUGUGUGUCUGGGCGCGUUUGAGAUCGACUACAUUGCAGUCGUCGACUGCAGACUGACUGUUCUACAAUGAGUAGUCAGUAUUCAGUCCGUCGCCGACUGCAAUAUAGUCGAUCUCAAACACACACUUCCCCUUUAUGUUGUGUAUAUAUAUAUAUCCCAUUCUUAUUUCACCAGUGGAGGGUGUUGAGCUGGCUGACCCUACAGACGUGCUGGACAGGCACAGAUGCCUGUUGGCCCUGGCGGCUCUGCGACAUGCCAAAUGGUUCCAGGUUGGCUCUCAGUUCUACUUAACCUCUCCGUCGUUAUUGUAG